AUGAAGGCGGACUUCGAGGCCGAAUUCGCUGCCAGUGGUAGAGACAAAUCGGCGCGUGCGAGCGCUCGAAACGACUUCAAGCUAGCGCGAUGGAGGGAGCUUGAUGACGAUACGCAGGAACAUUGGAUCGCGAUUGCGAAAACAAACCACGCCACGAAUCAAAAAGCCACGCAGGAUCGGAUACAGCAUUCAGGGCAAUUGGACCCAGCCGAUGCUCAAGAAGUUCUGGACGAACUCCCAAAUUUUUUGGGACCGUUCAUCAAUGUCAUCGGCGAGGCGAUUGGUAUGCACAUCACAGUCCUCGUUGGCGGUCCCGAACCAAGAAAGAAAGGGCAGUUGAAUAUGUUUGGUAUCCACUACGGCGAAAACAAAGCCGCUGUCCCAAAAGUGUGGGCAUUGGCAGAGAAAGAAAAGUUUAACGUGGUCUCGGAGGCGUUCCUUGCUUACCUGUCGACCUGUUACACUGUCGACGAGCAGCGCGCGCGUGCAUUACCCCAAUCGGGCUCGGACUCUACCGCUAUACAUGCUGGCCCAUCCUCCUCAACGCCUCUACCAGGCACCAACUCUACCGCUAUGCAUAGCGGCCCAUCCUCCUUGACCACUCCACCAGGCCCCUCCACCGAAAAUUCAACCACGCUCUCUAAUUCCUCGGGUUUAGCGGAUGGUGGACGUAAGCGGAAGAGAAGCAAUGAAACGAAGGUGAAGAAGGCUCAAAAGAGUCGGCACAAAACCAAGAAGGGCAGCGCAAAGAAGAAGCCAAAUAAACGUCGCAAAGCGACAGUCUGCUCGGAUGCCGAGGCGUCAGCAACCGAUUCUUUUUUGGAGGGUUCAGAUUCGGGGGCGGGAACUCAACCUGAGGACUCAGCAGAGGACAGCGACCACGGGGAUGAGGACGACGACGAGGUCUUUACCUUCCCCGGUAUAAUCCAUAUGGAAUCCAUAUGGAAUCCAUGGAAUCCAUCUCAAAUUCCAUAUGGAAUCCAUGGAAUUGAUGCUGGCUGA